CGGAGUUGGAGGAAGCGGCGGCCGCGGCGAGGGUGGCGGGCGGACGGUCGGAGACGGCGAGCACGGAUCGGGAACGGCCGGUGGGUCGCAGCCGGGCCGGAGGCGCGUAGGAGCCGUGCGCGCAGGAGGCCGCCGCUGCAGCGCGGGCCCCGGAAAGGAAGGAAGGAAGCCGGCCGGCGGCGGAGGUGGAGCCCGAGUGUGGAGUGCCACAGUAAAAUCAGACGACAGAUGGACAGUGUGACAAGAGCAUCAGAAAGGAUCGGGCCUCGCUGUGAGAGCCAGCCUGGAUUCCGAGCGCUGACAAGUUGCUGAAAAGGAAGCCAGUGGGAGGACUGUGGCACGAAGAGGAAGUGGAGCCUUGUCUGCAGUCACACCAUUGAUGGAGGACAGAUGGAUGGCCGGAUGGCCAGUCACCUCUCCUCUUAAACCUUUGGAGAGUGGUCCUUUGUCCUCUGCUGGACACAUAUUAGGAAUUUUAACACACUCUCUGAAUUCACUUUUCAUAAAAACGUAAAAUUUGACGGCACCAUACAACCAGACUCAACCGUUGCAUGGUGAUAGAUCUGCAAACAUGAGUGCCGAGGGGUACCAGUACAGAGCGCUGUAUGAUUAUAAAAAGGAAAGAGAAGAAGACAUUGACUUGCAUUUGGGUGACAUAUUGACUGUGAAUAAAGGGUCCUUAGUAGCUCUUGGAUUCAGUGAUGGACAGGAAGCCAGGCCUGAAGAAAUUGGUUGGUUAAGUGGCUAUAAUGAAACCACAGGGGAGAGGGGGGACUUUCCAGGAACUUAUGUAGAAUACAUUGGAAGGAAGAAAAUUUCGCCUCCCACACCAAAGCCCCGGCCACCUCGGCCCCUUCCUGUUGCACCAGGUUCUUCGAAAACUGAAGCAGACAUUGAGCAACAAGCUUUGACUCUCCCGGAUCUUGCAGAGCAGUUCACCCCUCCUGACGUUGCCCCACCUCUUCUUAUCAAGCUCGUGGAAGCCAUCGAAAAGAAAGGUCUGGAAUGUUCAACUCUAUACAGAACACAGAGCUCCAGCAGCCCCGCAGAAUUACGACAGCUUCUUGAUUGUGAUACGGCCUCUGUGGACUUGGAAAUGAUCGAUGUACACGUUUUAGCAGACGCUUUCAAACGCUAUCUGCUGGACUUACCAAAUCCUGUCAUUCCGGUAGCCGUUUACAGCGAAAUGAUUUCUUUAGCCCCAGAAGUACAAAGCUCCGAAGAAUAUAUCCAGCUGUUGAAGAAGUUCAUUAGGUCGCCUAACAUACCUCAUCAGUAUUGGCUUACGCUUCAGUAUUUGUUAAAACAUUUCUUCAAGCUCUCUCAAACCUCCAGCAAAAAUCUCUUGAAUGCAAGAGUGCUCUCUGAAAUUUUCAGCCCUAUGCUUUUCAGAUUCCCAGCAGCCAGCUCUGAUAAUAAUGAACACCUCAUAAAAGUUAUAGAAAUUUUAAUCUCAACUGAAUGGAGUGAACGACAACCUGCACCAGCACUGCCUCCUAAACCACCAAAACCCACUACUGUAGCCAACAACGGUAUGAAUAACAAUAUGUCCUUACAAGAUGCUGAAUGGUACUGGGGAGAUAUCUCGAGGGAAGAAGUGAAUGAAAAACUUAGAGAUACAGCAGAUGGGACCUUUUUGGUACGAGAUGCAUCAACUAAAAUGCAUGGAGAUUAUACUCUUACACUAAGGAAAGGAGGAAAUAACAAAUUAAUCAAAAUAUUUCACCGGGAUGGGAAAUAUGGCUUCUCUGACCCAUUAACCUUCAAUUCCGUGGUUGAACUAAUAAACCACUACCGGAAUGAAUCUCUAGCUCAGUAUAAUCCCAAAUUGGAUGUGAAAUUACUUUAUCCAGUAUCCAAAUACCAACAGGAUCAAGUUGUCAAAGAAGAUAAUAUUGAAGCUGUAGGGAAAAAAUUACAUGAAUAUAACACUCAGUUUCAAGAAAAAAGUCGAGAAUAUGAUAGAUUAUAUGAAGAAUAUACCCGUACUUCCCAGGAAAUCCAAAUGAAAAGAACAGCUAUUGAAGCAUUUAAUGAAACCAUAAAAAUAUUUGAAGAACAGUGCCAAACCCAGGAGCGGUACAGUAAAGAAUACAUAGAAAAGUUUAAACGUGAAGGCAAUGAGAAAGAAAUACAAAGGAUUAUGCAUAAUUAUGAUAAGUUAAAGUCUCGAAUCAGUGAAAUUAUUGACAGUAGAAGACGACUGGAGGAAGACUUGAAGAAGCAGGCAGCUGAGUACCGAGAGAUUGACAAACGUAUGAACAGCAUUAAACCAGACCUCAUUCAGCUGAGAAAGACGAGAGACCAAUACCUGAUGUGGUUGACUCAAAAAGGUGUGCGGCAAAAGAAGUUGAACGAGUGGUUGGGCAAUGAAAACACUGAAGACCAAUACUCACUGGUGGAAGAUGAUGAAGAUCUGCCCCACCAUGACGAGAAGACGUGGAACGUCGGGAGCAGCAACCGAAACAAAGCCGAAAACCUGCUGCGAGGGAAACGGGACGGCACUUUCCUUGUCCGGGAGAGCAGUAAACAGGGCUGCUACGCCUGCUCCGUAGUGGUGGAUGGUGAAGUAAAGCAUUGCGUCAUAAACAAGACAGCCACUGGCUAUGGCUUUGCCGAGCCCUAUAACUUGUACAGCUCUCUGAAGGAACUGGUGCUACAUUACCAACACACCUCCCUCGUGCAGCACAACGACUCCCUCAACGUCACGCUAGCCUACCCGGUAUAUGCACAGCAGAGGCGAUGAAGGGCUCACCCUCGGGAUCCUUCUCCUGAAGUUCAACCACCUGAGGCCUCUGGAAAGCACAGGGCUCCUCUCCAGCCUGACCUGUGAAUUGAGCUGCAGAAACGAAGCCGUCUGUCUUCAGAUGGGACUAGAGCUUUCUUUGACAAAAAAGAAGUAGGGGAAGAUACGCAGCCUAGGGCUGUGUGAUGACCACACGUGUCUAAUGCGGAGUGCUUAUCCAUCCUUUCUUCCCUUUUUUUUUUUGUUUUGUUUUGUUUAAAGCCACAACAACACAAAGAGAAAAAGAAAUGCAAAAAUCUCUGCGUGCAGGGACAAAGAGGCCUUUAACCAUGGUGCUUGUUAAUGCUUUCUGAAGCUUUACCAGCUAAAAGUUGGGACUUUGGAGACCAGAGGGUGGAGAGGGGGCUGAAGAGCCCUCCUGGCCUGAGGAUGCUCGGUCCAGCCUGGUUUAGCCUGGGUGUUGCUGUGCACGGUCAGCCCAGACACAUCGCACUGUGGAUUAUUUCAUUUUCUAACAAAUGAACGAUAUGUAGCAGAAAGGCACUUCCGCUCACGAGGGACACUUUGGAAGAACGUCAGUUCGUGUGUGUUCAGAAGAAAUAAUGUCAUAGCAAAGUGCCAGAAAGUGUUUUGUUUAAACUUGUCAAAAAAAAAAAAACCCACCAACAGAAAAAUGGAACUUGGAAAACAGGACUUUAAAGGACAUUCAGUAUAUAAAAUAUGUACAUAAUAUUGGAUGACUAACUAUCAAAUAGAUGGAUUUGUACCAAUACCAAAUAGCUUCUGUUUUGUUUUGCUGAAGGCUAAAAUUCACAGUGCUAUGCAAUUCUUAAUUUUCAUUAGGUUGUUAUCUCAGUUUUAAAUGUACCUUCAGAAUAAGCUUCCCCACCUGUUUUUGUUGCUUGAAAAUAUUGUCCCUGAUUUUUGUUAAUAUUCAUUUUGUCUUUAUCUUUUUUUUUUUUUUUUAAAGAAAUGUGUACAGGAUGCCAGUUAAAAAGGCUUCAGAAUGAAAACUAUGAAAUAUUUUACAGUUUUUCUUGUACAGAGUACUUGGGUGUUAGCCCAAGGUUAAAAAGUUCAUAACAGAUUUUUUGGACUAAAUGUUUUGUUGGGCAGUGCCUGAUAAGCUUCAAAGCUGCUUUAUUCAAUAAAAAAAGAAAAAGAGAUGAAUAUGACAAAGUAUCACUGAGUCCAACAAUGUUUUAAGACUCUUAAAAUACGGUACCUGGCAAUGUUUGUUUCAUAAAGAAUUGUGAACUUCUUGAAUCUAGGGAGGGGGGAUGUAGCCAAGGGAUGUAACAGCUAGGAUGGCGGGAGGGGUGACAAGGUGGUAUGCACUUUCUCAUGAUUACAGAGAAGAAGUGAAUAACUGCAAAGGGAAGUUGCUUAUACUUCAGUCUUUUCUCACUUUGAUUUGCUAGUUGUUAUUGAUUAAUGACAAUUACAAACCUACUGUAACUAACUAACAGUGUAGCUGGUAAGGUAUUUCAGUUCUUACGAAUUUUGGGUUCCUGGAACAGAGCUCACCUUUGUUUAGAACACUGAUUUAAAGGUAUAAUCUCUGCCUUUAGAAAAAGUAUUUUUGUCUAACAUUAGGCUAUUCAUUAUAACCAACCAACAUUCAUUUUAGAAAAAGCAUGAUCUGAAAAAAAUAUUUUUAGUUGGAUAUUUGUUACUUCCCUAGCUUUCCAUUCAGUUUAGAACAUAAAGCAAAUUGGCACAAUCAUACCGUCACUGCUCUAGACUGUGUGGAGCUCGCUAAAGGCCACUGCAGGAAUCCGAAGGGAGGUCCUUUUCAUUCAUCCAAAUAAUUGUGUGUUAUACUUCACUAUGGAGAAAAGGAAAGGGGGGGCGGUUAUUAGUAUAAUCUUUCCAAUUUAGGGCAAGAGUGAGAGGUCUCUCACUGAUUUACAUAUGCAAAAGCUGUUAUGUUCAGUAGGAAUUGUACAUGUGUUGGGAGGAAUGAAUACUAAUUAUAAUCAUGGUCACUACCCUAGUACAUUAAAAUGGAAUCUUGCAAUUUGUUUUCCUUUCUCAAUAUUAGAUUCACCCACAGCUAUAUUUCUCUUCAAGUACUAGGGUGAAGGGUUUUUUUUGUUUUGUUUAAUGUUCCUUUUAAAAAUCUUUUGAAAGGAUCAGUCUUGCAGCUGAGUUAAUCAUAUGUAGAAUGUAUUAUUUUCCUUCUUUUCGUGAUGCUACUCAUACUCAAGCAAAAGUCAGACAGCCAGACUGUCAGCCCUCAAACUUGACUGUACUGAUCUGACCAUCUCCCUCUCAUCACCAGACAAUUGAUGAUUUCCCCGAUUUUAGUUUGUCUUUGCUUUAAAACUUGUGAUGGUGAUAUCCUUCCAGAUUACAAAGAAGUCUAACAGUUAAUAGUAGUUUAUAGACUGGGUUUGUGGUUUUUUUUGUUUGUUUGUUUUGUUUUUUUUUCAGUAGCACAUCAUGUAUGCUAUUAAAUACAAAUAGUUUUCAUUUAAUUUCUAAAAUACAAGAUCUGAGAUUGAAUGUUUUAUUAAAAGCUACAGUUUUGUGAAUGUUUUUGCUUCAACACUCUUUGCAAGAUGACAUGGUAUUUAGGCAGUUGCCUUAUUUUUGCAUCUCACAAGCAUACGUGCAAUAGAUUUUUCACUGAAGAGCAAGGCAGGAUUCAUUGUUCCAUCUCACAGUGAGUGACACCAGACCUAUUCUGCCUAAUGCCUUUUUGAUUGCAGUGUAGCAUGCCUGCUGUAUUUGUCCUCUUAGAUGUUUGGCCAGCAGGGCACUUUGAGUUCAAUCAGUCAUCUCUUAACAACAUCAUCCAAGUGGCUCGUGAGUAUGAAUGGAUACAGCAGAGGCACUCCUGAUACAUGAUUUUAUCCAUGCAUCAGUUUUUCCCACCCAACGUAGCAUCCUAAAGCCAGAAGCUAAGCUGCAGAGAGGCUGUGGUAGGGCAUAGAAGUGGGAGCGCAUUGGGACCUCAUAUUAUACACAAGAGAGAUCAUAACCACCUGAAAAGGCAAAAAAGCAUGUGUUUGCAACAUCUGACAACUUCACGGCCUUUCAUAUAUGUAUAUAUGUAUAUGUGCAUGGACUGUGUUUCCAGUACACCUUUCAACCAAAACAGAUCCACAGUCAUUGAGUUCAAGUACAUAACAAGCAAAUGUUGAGUACAAUUCUUAUGUAUGUGUAUGGGUCAUUUAUUUUCCUUUGAGGUUGCUUUGUUUUGUCUUGUAAAGGUGAAAAUUGUUUGCAAGUGAAGUGAGAAGUUCGUAUUUCUUUGGCUUUUUUGUGUUUUUAAAAGCUACUCCUUUUAGGGAGCUGGUCUGGAUGACUUAAUUAACUUGGAAAUCCUUGUUUUUGGUGUGUCGAGUCAAAAUGUGUUUAUGUGAGCUGUCACUGUGGGGAACAAAUUGCUUUGUCAUAUAGCUGGUUAUGAGCUAGUAACGUGUUUGGGAAGUCCUACUGAUGUUCCUUAUUGGGAGAAAAAUUCUGCUGGUUUUAACAACUGUGCUUUUGCUAUACAUGGUAUCCAAGUCCAUUGGAAAGCAGACCCUGUUUAAGUUUAGGGUCAUUUAAAGAAAGGGGCAGUUUAAAGCACAAUGCCUCACAUGGGACACAGUUUCAAAAUGCCAAAUUCUUGUUUUUUAAAAAUCUAGUUAUAUAAAAGACUAUAUUAUAGGUGGGGAGGAAAUAGCAUAAGUGAGUCAAUUGGACAGACUAUCCAACUUAACAUUAAACUUGUCACCAUGAGAUAGCAUUAGCUGCCCAGGAUGCUGCUAUUUAAAAAAAGAAAAGGAAAAAAAAAACAAACAAAAAAAACACAAAAAAUGAAAAAAAAAAAAAACUCAUUUAUACCUGUGUAUUUUUUAAAGCUACAAUCUGUUCAAUGUUUUUACAAAUCUGUUUAUAUGACAUUGUUAAAAUAAAGGUGGUCUUUUGACGAGAGGGAGGAUGUCAUGGUCAGUUGUAAUUUUGCCUUUACAAGGCAACUGGGACGGGGGUGGGGGGGUGGGGGGAGUAUGCCUCCUUGACAUUUUGUUCAAGUUAUAGAUUCAAUGGAGCUAUGUCUUGUUGUUUUAAGUUGCUUUAAUGCAUUGUAUUAGGUCUCCAAACAGAAUAAAGGUUGUUUUGAAACUUAA